AUUGUUUUAAAUGAUUAAAUGUUUGAAAACUGGCCUCAGGUUGAGGGCUCUGAUUUGGAUUCAACCUCAUAUCAAGGCAGUUUUAUCAUGUGGAGGUUUCAUUCAGGUCUCUCUUUAAAUAAACACUGUCUUUGGCAGGAGGAAAACCAAACUUGGAGGAACCAGAGAUGUCCAAACCAGCAAGACGACACCUCUGCUCCCAGAUUGGAAAGAGUUUUCCCAAGUUAGGAAGCCUGAAAAGACACGAGAGGAAUCUCACAGGGGAGAAGCCUUACCACUGCUCCCAGUGUGGAAAGAGUUUUAUCCAGUUAGGAAGCCUGAAAGCUCAUGACCGAAUACACACAGGGGAGAAGCCUUACCACUGCUCCCAUUGUGGAAAGUGUUUUAGACAGCAAGGAAGCCUGAAAGUUCAUGACCGAAUACACACAGGUGAGAAGCCUCACCAUUGCUCCCAUUGUGGAAAGAGUUUUAACAGAUUAGGAGGCCUAAUAGCUCAUGAGCGAAUACACACUGGGGAGAAGCCAUACCGUUGCGCCCAGUGUGGAAAGAGUUUUGGCUCGUUAGGAAACCUGCAAUCUCAUGCUCGAUUACACACAGGGGAGAAGCCAUACCAUUGCACCCAGUGUGGAAAGAGUUUCCGCAUGUUAGGAAACCUGCAAUCUCAUGUGCGAAUACACACUGGGGAGAAGCCAUACCAUUGCGCCCAGUGUGGAAAGAGUUUUAGCAUGUUAGGAAACAUGAAARCUCAUGAGCAAAUACACACAGGGGAUAAGCCUUACCACUGCUCCCAGUGUGGAACUAGGUUUACCAGGUUAGGAAGCCUGAAAAGACAUGUGGACACACACCUUUCCAUUGCGCCCUGUGUGGAACGAGUUUUAACCAUUUAGGAAACCUAAAUAGAAAUGAGAGAAUACACACAGGGGAGAAGCCUUUCUAUUGCGCCUAGUGUGGAAAGAGUUUUAGCUCGUUAGGAAACAUGAAAUAUCAUGAUCUAAAUACACCCCUGGGAGAAACAAAUGUCACUUAAAAGGGAUGUGAGAAUCCACAGAAAAAAUAACUUCUCCUGCUGUGUAAACUGAUAUUUCACAUCACAUUGACUUUAAAUUCAUCAGAGAACUUACACAGUGUUCCCAUUGUCUUAUAUUGUUGACUGAGAAU